UUUUUUCCCUGUGAGAAGAACGUCUGGUUCUGACACGUGACAACACCCGGACCGGAACUCGGUGACGUCACUGGACAACAAAGAUGGCAGGAAUAGGAGGCAGCAACUACUGGGAAGAUCUGCGAAAGCAGGCCAGACAGCUGGAGAAUGAACUCGACCUGAAGCUGGUCUCCUUCAGUAAACUGUGCACCAGCUACAGCAGCUCCAGCAGCUCCAGGGACGGACGUCGAGGAGACACGUCAGACACUACCCCACUGCUAAACAACUCUACCCAAGACAGGAUGUUUGACACCAUGUCAGUGGAGAUCGAACAGCUGCUCGCCAAACUGACUGCAGUGAAUGACAAGAUGGCAGAGUACACCAACACCCCGGGCACAGCUUCUCUCAAUGCCGCACUCAUGCACACGCUUCAGAGACACAGAGACAUCCUACAGGAUUACACGCAUGAAUUCCACAAAACCAAAGGCAACUUCGUGGCCAUCCGGGAAAAGGAAGACCUUCUGGGUUCUGUCAGGAAAGACAUUGAGUCUUACAAGAGUGGCUCCGGGGUCAACAACAGAAGAACAGAGAUGUUUCUGAAGGAGCAUGAGCAUCUGAGAAAUUCCGACCGACUGAUGGAUGACACAAUAAGUAUUGCCAUGGCAACCAAGGAGAACAUGACCUCCCAACGGGGCUACCUGAAAUCCAUACAGAGCAGGGUCAACACUCUGGCCAACCGUUUCCCAACCAUCAACAAUCUCAUCCAGCGGAUCAACCUGCGGAAGAGAAGGGAUUCCCUCAUCCUCGGCUCAGUGAUCGGCGUCUGCACCAUUCUCCUGCUGCUCUAUGCUUUUCACUGAAAGCCAGACCUGGAGAAAUCUUUGAAGGAGCAGGAAUGAUCUGCUCUUAAUAACGUGGGAAUCCCUGGAGACUGAGCUAAGUGAUAGGAGGACUCUGGAGGUUCCUGAGCAGAAAGACAUUCAGUUGGUCCAGUUCUUGGACGGGACCACAUUUGGUCAACAUGAACUACUGAACUUGUAUUUAGCAGUGGGACGGAUGGCGGGCUGCCAACAAGUGAAUGGAGACCAAAAGUACAAAUAAGACUAGAUUUUAAUCAAUAAUAUCGAUAUCUCACUUGGAGAGAAACUGAGGAAAAUGUGUGAAUUGAUGGAGCAGUUGUGAUGCAUCAUUCUUUUUCACAGGUGGAAGGAUUUUUAAUUUAAUGGACAUUUUUAAUUAAUGAAGUGAGAUUGUUGGUUCAUUGUGGACUGUAAAAUGUGAAUUAAUAAAUUAUUCAUUUC